GGAGAAGUUCGUAGAGCAGGUGGGACCCGGCCAAUGGGAUAAGCACGAUGUCGGACACCCAUUGAGGCCCGAUGGACACCAGCGCCCACGUUGGACACCCUGGGUACCCGCUUGCAGCCGAAGACGGAAGACGUUAUGUCCACGGACCGUGACCCAGAUGAGCGUCAUGUGGCCAUGACGACACCGCCGGGAAUAGUGUGUGUCCAGUGAAAAUUCGUGUGCGUGAGUGUUGGUGUCUGCUGUAUGUUGUAGAAUCAGUGACAUGGAUCCUCUGCUGCUGGGGUUAAAGCCGUCGCUCUUAUUGGUGAGCACGCUCUGACUCUGAGCAUGCUCCUCCCGGCGAGUUGUCUGCUCGCAGUCGCGCUGCUGUUUGGCACACAUGGAGCUCUAGGAGCCUACUAUAAUGGUGACAACGAAGUGGAGAAGAUAUAUGUCCGUGCGGGCAACAACGCGACGCUGCCGUGUCCGGGGCUGGAUAACAGAAACCCUCGGCACGUGGUAUGGUGGAAAGAAGACCAGCGUCUAGUGGAAGUGCAGAGGGACCGGGUGACGGUGCUGGAGCCGGGAGCUCGCGUGUCCCUUCUGCCCGGCUCGCAGGCUCUCUUCUUCCGGUCUGUCGUUGCCGAUGACAGCGGCGAGUACCAGUGCGUCGUCGACAACCGACAGGGGAGGCAAGGACUCGUACGACUCUUCGUACAAGAUGUCCCGGAGCCUCCUGGCAUUCCUAUUCUGGUGGGCUUCACAUCUCGUUCCGUCGAUCUCUCUUGGACAUCCAGUUCCAACACCCAUCACAGCCCCAUCCAACAUUAUAUCAUACACAUAAAAGUGAACGAGAAAGGGCCCUGGGACACGAGCAACAAGGUGAUGACAUCGGACAACAGCACCAACUUUCAGGUCAUAGGCCUGCAGCCCUUCACCGUCUAUUCCUUCCGAGUCCUGGCAGUGAAUGCCAUCGGUGCCAGCAAACCUUCCAAACCCUCCUUCUUUAUCCUCACCCUUAGAGAAGUUCCCGAAGGGAAGCCAACUAUCGUGCAUGCCCAGAACACGAGCAGUUCUUCUAUCCGAAUUCAAUGGAAGCCCCCUCCCCGACAUACCAUCCAUGGGGAAUUUGAGGGAUAUCGCAUCACUUACAAGCCCAGAGAACGGCCCGAGGAAGAGAGCAGGGAAGUCAUCAUUCGAGACAGCAACCAAACGCAAUACACCAUUCGGAACUUGGAAACGUUUACGCAGUACCUUGUGUCUCUGCAAGUUUUCAAUCCCGCGGGUAGGGGACCAGCUUCUAUUGUUUCUGUCAUGACAGAUGAAGGAGUGCCAAGCCAGCCAGUGAACCUGACGGCGGUGCGAGUGACGGACAAUACGGUGCGGUUGAAGUGGUAUGAGCCAAGCAAGCCCCAUGGCAUCAUCAAGGGCUACCACAUCUACUUCCUCCAGCCGACACCGCGAAACUCUUCGGAGCAGAGGACUCUUCAUCACCCGCAGCCCGUACAGGAAUAUACCCUCAGCAGCCUCAAACCGUUUUCCAAAUACAGCAUUUGGGUGCGAGCCUUUACAGAGAAGCACGUUGGGGAAUACAGCAACGUGCUGGAGGUGCAGACAGAUGUCCAAGGUCCCAGUGCUCCAAUCAUUAUGAACCUCACCUGUCAGUCAUUGGACAGUCUCUUCCUCCAAUGGGAAAGGCCACACACCUACUACAACAGGGUGGACUAUUACUUCGUGCACUAUCGCUCUGAGGAAGCCUGGAGCUUCGAAGAGAUCGCCAUGGCUGCUCACGAUAAGAUGGAACAUGCUAUGUUCAUCCCCAACCUGACUGCCAACACCCUGUACGAAGUGAAGGUCCAGGGGGCUACACGUAGCAUCAUCGACAACAGCAAGGUUUUCAAAGGGCAGUUUUCUGAUUCCCGGAAGGUGCUUCUGCAGAGUAAGUGUCAGACUUUCAACGACGGUGCGUUCACGGAUCCCAGCUUGAGUGCUGCCGUGGUUGCCGCUGUGGUCUGCGUUUCCUUUGCUCUUCUCCUUGCUAUCAUUUCCUUCAUACUCUGGAAGAAGUAUUUUCAGGCGGCGUACUACUACCUGGAUGACCCUCCCGGAAACAGAGCUUCACCACAACUUUCGGAAGUAUUCGAUGACUCAGAGUACCCACCCAUCCACGUGAGUCAGUUCGCAAAACAUGUGGCAGACCUGCAUGCCGACGGAGACAUCGGCUUUUCAAGAGAGUAUGACUCACUACAACAAUCCACGGACCUAGACCUUUCGUCGGAUUACUCCCAGAUGGCAGAAAAUAAGAGCAAGAAUCGUUAUGUAAAUAUUGUUGCAUAUGACCACACAAGGGUCAUUCUGAAACCUAUUCCUGGCCAGAAAAAGACUGCAGACUAUAUCAAUGCAAAUUACAUUGAUGGUUACAACAAGACGAGAGCAUACAUCGGAACCCAAGGCCCACUGCCUUCCACGUUUGAUGACUACUGGCGCAUGAUUUGGGAACAGAGGGUUUGCAUCAUCAUCAUGAUUACCAACUUAGUGGAGAGAGGACGACACAAUCCUAGCACCUCUGACGACCUCGACGGCAGCCGCAAAUGUGACAUGUACUGGCCAAAGGAAGGUGCUGAGGCCUAUGGCAUCAUACAAGUGAAGAUGGUACAAGAGGUUACCAUGGCAACCUAUACUGUCCGCACCUUUGCAAUCAAGAACCUCAAAGUCAAAAAGAAGCAAGCAGCAGAGAGGACGGUGUACCAGUAUCAUUAUACCAACUGGCCAGAUCAUGGGGUACCAGACCAUCCUCUGCCAGUCCUUAGUUUCGUAGCCAAGUCUUCUGCUGCCAACCCUCCGACUGCAGGCCCCAUGAUCGUCCACUGCAGCGCUGGUGUAGGAAGGACGGGCACCUACAUCGUUCUGGAUGCGAUGCUUAAGCAGCUGCACGAGCGGCAGAGCGUUAACGUGUACGGGUUCCUGCGGCAUAUUCGCCAGCAGCGCAAUUAUCUGGUGCAGACGGAGGAGCAGUACAUCUUCAUCCAUGAUGCCCUGCUGGAGGCCAUAGAAAGCGGUCACGGCGGCACCGAGGUUGGGGUCUCACAGCUGUGCCGCUACGUGCAAGGGCUGCAAACGGCGCCUGUCAAUGACGGAAGCCAGGAUGAAAAGUCCUGGUCCCUCCUGGAAAGGCAGUUCAAGCUUGUGACGGUAUUUAAGGCGAAGGACUUCAAUGUUGUAUCAGCUGUGAAGCCCUGCAACAAAGGCAAAAACCGGUCGCUCAACUUAAUCCCCAUUGAGUCCCAUCGGGUCCACAUCACACCCAAGCCAGGAACUGAUGGAUCAGACUACAUCAAUGCCACAUUCCUACAAGGCUUCAACAAACUGCGCGAGUACAUCACUACGCAACACCCGUUAAUGGAUACUAUUGCAGACUUCUGGCAAAUGGUGUGGGACCACAAUUCACAGACGAUUGUCAUGCUCUCGGUAGUUGAUGAGAAGGAGUAUCCCCAGUUCUGGCCAGAUUCAGACGAGGAACAGGACUACGGCAGCUUCAAAGUGAAGCCGUGUGCAGAGCCAGCACAACAGGUGACAGAAGAUGGGCCAAAGGCAGCGGUGCCUGCAGGCGGCUUCACAAGCCGGGGAUUCAUCCUGCAAUCGACGCAGGACGACUACGAGCUGGGCUGCCGCCUUGUACACUGUCCUGGCUGGCCCCAGGGAUGCUCCCCACUGGCCAAAGUGUUUGAUCUCGUGCGAGCAGUCCACGGUUGGCACUCCGAGUAUCAGAAUGGCCCUAUUGUAGUCAUAGACCGAUACGGCGGAACGGAUGCCGCAACUUUCUGCUGUCUGGCAACACUUUACAAGCAGAUGGAGCACGAGAAGUGUGUGGAUGUAUAUCUGUACGCAAAACUGUAUCACAUGAGGAGGCCCGGAAUCUGGAAAACACAGGACGACUUCCUCUUCUUGUACCGUGCACUGGAAAGCUUGCUGGCGUCAGAGGAAACAAGCACGACCAACGGUCACGUCAACAGCAACGGGCACGCGGUCAAGAUCGAGGAAGUUUCAGCAAAGCUCGAGAGUCCCGACUGAACGCAGGAGUUGUGCCUCGAGGCGAAGCAGUCGACUGUUUUGUUUGGUUCGCUGAUCUCUCUGCCCCCCAUCCCAUGUGGGGUGCAACGACCCAAGGAAGGGACGUUCCACAGAAUCUCGUUCCCACAUGAUCACCACGUCGACCCUUGAGUUGCUCCAUUCUACGGAGAUCUGUCUGAAGGUCCGCGAGGCCUCCACACAGACUACGCUCUGUUUGAGCGCACCUCGUAGAUUAUUUCUGCAGUUUAUUUUGCAGUGUAAAUGUUGUAAGAUAGCCUCGUUUCUUUGUACAUUGGAGACAUUUUUCUUCAUUUAGACAGUUUCGUAAGAUUUCGAGUGAGGCAGCUAUGUGUGCGGUGAUCUGGAGGAAUCCGACUCAGAUUAUUCGUCUAGGACAUGUGACGACCUCCAUAUUUGCGACUCAUUAUCCUUAUGCGACACUCAUCAAUUGCAUCGCAAAUGGUUAGUUAACAAACGUACGAGGAUACUUCCGAAUUCCACACACUCAACCAUGUGGUACUGCAUACACCUCACACCGCUUCAGUACUUUCUUCUACUGUUUUUGUGGUGACCACUUCCACAACUUGUCGUGUUUUAUGUCACCGUCAUUUACCCGAGGGAACAAGGUUCUUGUGUCAGUCACAACAUGUUCCAAGCCUGCACGUACACCACGUGCGACUCGCACAAAACAGCGAUGGCAUUUGCAUUCUUUUCUCACAAGGGUAACGCACAACACACGUUGCUCGGCACUGCCUCAAAGACGUUUCUGAUCGUGCAGGUCUUCCUUCGUACAAAUCUUGUUCUUGGAUCAGCUGCCUGUCCUUUCUGGCACAUGGUGGAGGAUCUACGACUGGGUUUGCGGUUGAGGAAGACGAACACGUUUAGUAUUCCGCAUCAACCCUGCAGAAACGAAACGAGGAGUCGCUUAUUCCAUGCGGGUCCCCUUCAGUACUUUUCCGUGCCUCUGAAUAUGACACAGAGCGGGUGCUAGGUUGGACGUAGAGUCACGAAUACCGUCGUCAUUACGAUGGGUGGAAGCAGAGGAGUUUGUUGGGAUGUGCCCUGAUUUCUAGUCUUGCCUGUCUCUUCUUUGCAUAGGUAUGAUCCAUUUUGCCCCAGUUUGUGCUUUUAUGUCCCAUCUUCUAAAUGUAGCAAAUACUCCACAUACAAUGAAGAGAUAAAGUUGUUCCACUAAUUUAUGACAUCAUCUGCAGAGAUUUGUGAACACUCUGUGAGUUUUGAGGUAAUGUGGUGUGUUCCAUUCAUAAUCAUCGUGUAAGUUGUCCUCAAGUUACAGUUGCUUUUCUUCAUGUUACUGUUGGUAUUUGUAUUUUAUGUGUGUCCAAUGAUUUUUGUUGUUCUUUUUGUGCUUUUUUAUUUUAUUUUUUUUCUGGGCACAUAUCUUUGUUAUUACAUCAGAAAAAUGUCACACAAUGAAUUGUUGCUUAUAUCUUUGGUAUCUGACUUCUAUAAAUCCACCCAAAUGAUAUAUCGGUAGGUCAGUGCCAACUUUGUCACCCUUCCCUGUUGGUUUUCUGUCGCCUCUGGAACAAAGUCUUCUGGUGGAACUGAAGCAUUCCAGCAUACCUAGAGUGCCACAAAAUUUCCCUAGAGUGCUACAGAAGAAAGUUAGAGGACCAAAUAACUAUUAAAUUAGCAAUUUUCUGCUAACUCUUAUUCUUUUUUUCAAGCUUACAACUGCCACAUUAUUUUGUGUUCUGUCAGAUCGAUGUGAGUCCUUGUUUGUUGCGUGUUGUGUUUUCGCUCACAAUCUUCACAACAUGCCAUGAAUUUCUUCCUUUUUUACAAAUAGAGUCUAGGAUAAUUAUCAAAUACCUUGCGUGUACAUAAUAUAUGUUAAUUAUUAUUAGCAUCUUGUAGUAAAGUUGUGUGUACUGUUAAAUACGUAUAGGUUUAAUGAGUGGCCCUCUGUUUCUUGCACUGUAAUGGAGACUCUUGGUAGAGCAUUACAAAUACUAUAAAUAUGACAGCUGCAUUCGUGUGAAUUGAUUUCAUAAUUGCCUGUAUCUAAAAUUCUAGAGAAGUGAUUGAUGUAGAAAUGCUCUCCCUGCUUUAUCUGAAGUAAAUCUUCUGCAUAUGCUAUAAAUAUACAAAGAUAUAUAUAAAUAUACAUGUGAUAUGUAUUUACUGCUCAAAAUAAAAGAAGCGGAUGGGAAUGUGUUAAAAUCUG